CUUAUUACAUUUUUGUAUAUAAAAUGCAAAUGUACGGAUAUGUCAAUAUAUAUUGAAUAUAUUAUUUCAAUAUAAUUAAAAUCUCUUAUAUAAAAGCUUAUUAUCAUUUUUUCAAUCCAAAUAAUUAUUAAAAAUAUAUAAUCGUAAUGACUACCGAUAUAGUGGCAACAUUAAAAGAGCCGAGAAUGAUAAAAAUAUGUGCUCCGAUGGUUAGAUAUAGCAAAUUACAAUUUAGAACGCUUGUAAGACGAUAUGGAUGUGACAUAUGUUUUACUCCUAUGAUCUUAGCUGAUUCGUUUGUGCAAUCUUUAAAGGCUAGAGAAAACGAGUUUACUACGCAUGAAGAAGAUAAACCAUUAAUCGUUCAAUUCGCAGCUAAAACUGUAAAUGAUUUUGUUGGUGCCGCAGAAAUGGUUGCACCAUAUUGCAAUGGUGUAGAUCUAAAUUGUGGUUGUCCGCAACGUUGGGCUAUCAAAGAAGGAUAUGGAGCUGAUUUAUUGAAAAAGCCAGAACUUGUAAGAGAUUUGAUAUAUGAAAUCAGAAACCGUAUUCCAAGACCAUUUACUGUUUCUGUGAAGAUACGUCUGUUAAAGGAUAUACACCAGACAAUAAUGUUAUGUCAAGUCUUAGAAAAAGCUGGUGCUUCAUUCUUAACAGUCCAUGCAAGAACUCCUGAGAUGCGUAAUGAACCAAUUGACUUGGACAAUCUAAAGCUUCUUAGAGAUUAUGUACAGUUGCCUCUUGUUGCAAAUGGUGAUGUGAAAAAUUUAGAAAAUGCAGAAUUUUUAUUUAAGGAGUCUAGAUGCGAGGGAGUAAUGUCUGCUAGAGGUAUUCUAAACAAUCCAGCAUUAUUUUCGGGAUACUCUACUACUCCACUUGUUUGCGUUCAAGAUUGGUUGAAUAUUACAUCAACCAUUCCAACUGAAUUUCAAUGUUUCCAUCAUCAUCUGGUAUUUAUAUUAUGUAAUUACUGUGGCAAUGGAUUAAAUUUUAUCAUUGUCUGCUUUGUUGCAUUGACUUUUGCUAUCACUACUAUGUUGGUGUUGCAGAUUCUUUAUACUGAAAAUAUACCGCAAAAUAGUCUUCAUGGUAUUCAUGGAGCAGUUGCCACAGAUUAUUCAAAUUGUUCUCAAAUUGGUACCAGAAUAUUAAGAAAAUUAGGCAAUGCAGUAGAUGCUGCAAUAGCAGCAACCAUUUGCAUGACUGUAGUAGCACCUCAUAAAACCAGUCUUGGCGGAGGUGGUUAUAUAAUGAUAUAUAAUUAUAAAAAUGACAUUCAUCCGAUUGUUAUUGAUUUUGCAAGUAAUACAGGCAAAGGUUUUUUUGCUAAAGCUGGAGUUCGUUUACCAGCUCUAUUAAAAGGAUUAGAAUUUGCUCACAUAUUAUAUGGCAAUCUGCCAUGGCAUGAUGUAGUAGAACCCUCUGUCAAAUUGGCUCGAGAAGGUUUUGUUGUAUCUAAGGAUCUUGUGGAUGAAAUAUCAAAAAAUACAGAUUAUGGAAUGCUUUAUAAUGGUCCUUUGAAUCCAGGUGAUAUAUUACAAUUACACGGACUUGCUAACACAUUAGAUAUGGUGGCAGAAUAUGGUGUAAAAGUAUUAUACAAUGGUACUUUGUCAUAUAAAAUUUUACACAGUAGUAAUUUACAUGAAGAUUUACUGCAAGAAUUAGCAAGUUACAAACCCACUGUAACAAUUGCAAAAAGUUCAACAUUACAUCAUCAUACAAUUUAUUAUCCUUCUCACGUGUCUCUUAUGCAAACAGUAAUUGAAGCAUUGGAGAGCCUUCCAAUUUUGACAGGAAACGCGUCCACAAUAGAAUCUUUAGCUCUUGUCGCACAGACAUUGAUGCAUAUAUAUUCGUUUGCUCCCAGUGGUGAGUCAUAUCGCUCUAAUUAUUACUAGCAGACAUAAUUACCUAUUAACCUCAUGAUCACGAUUUUAGUAAUUAGAGAAGCAUAUACUGGAGUUAUGGCAAUGGAUUGGCAAGAAACAUAUGUUAGCGUUUUAUCUGGUUUAAGUUCACCUUUGGGUUCUGGAAAUAUGACGGACGCUGGAUUUUUAUUAGAUAAUAUCGAUGGUAUUAUGGAUUUAUCUACAUUUACCCCUAUUAUUUUCCAUUAUGAAGAGAGAAUAUGCGGAUUACGUGGAGUGUUUGGUUCGGACGAUGUUUUCCUCAAUGGGCAAAUCCUCUAUAAUCUUAUUGUUCGUACUCUUAACGUUUCCGCCGCAAUAGAAUAUCCCCGAUACAAUUUUGGUUCUGGCGAUAUAAUGAUAGAACAUAAUCAAAGACAUUCGAUAGAGACUGCGUUGCAGGCUCGAUUAUAUCCCAUGAUAUCAUCAUUACCUAUUGUCAAUAGUGACGAGAGAUUACUUAUAAAAAGCAUAAAUGCAAUUAUUAAGAAGAAAGAUUCGCUAUCAAGUCACUCCGAUAGUCGUGGAAACGGAAUAGCAUCUCGAUAUUAACUUCUUGUUAUAAGCAAAAAAAUCAAAAAUCUUAAGAAUCUUGAAUUGCAUAACACUGUGAUAUUAGAAAAUAUAAUUCUACAUACUUAGACGUUAUCACAAAUACUUGUGGACAUAUGCAAUAAAAAAACGGCCGAUUUUUAAAGUAAUAUCGUUAUAAAGUUGAAGUGGGAAAAGGCAGAUUAAAUAUUAAAUAGUAAAUAUUAAAAUAUCUGAUAUUCUGUAUUAUAAUACUAUUUUACAUACAUGCAUACAUACAUUCAUACAUACAUUGUUGCAAAACUGAAUAAACUUAUGCAUCAGUUUGCAUGUAAUAUACAUACAUACAUAUACAAAGAACAAUGUUUUCCACAUCACAUUGCUCUCUAUUUUCUCUUUGCAUUAAAAAAAAUGUAUUUUUAAGAAAAUAUUUGUACAUAUAAUGUACACAUGUAAAAAAUGACAUUUAUAUAUAUAUAUAAUAAAUAAAUUAUAUCU